AUGUGGAUGAAUCCCCGUCAGAAUCCGCGGGCUUUACCAAGUCUAUCUGGGUACCAUUUCCAGGGAUACAUCGGCGAUAUCCGGAGCCUUGCCAGGAAAACAUUACCAAGAAACCCGCCUACUAAUCUACUGGGUUUCUUUGACGGUUCUGUGACUUCUGUAGAAUGCUCGGAACUGACAUUAUCUCCUGCUAAUUUGCUUCAGAACUCUAAAUACCCCCGAACCAUUCCCGGAGGAUUUAGACAUGAUGACGAAGGACAUGACCUCGAAGUUCUUCGUGAUGGAUCAGAACGAUCUGCGUUUCAGUAUUUCCCACUUUCGGCCAGACUUGCUCUGCAUGAUAUUGGACCUCCUCCCGCGGAACAAUCAGAGCGAAAGUGUACGAAAACUAAAAUGAUUUUUGGAAUCUCUCUUUACUUAGCUGUAAUCGUCCUUGUUCUCAUCAUCACAGUAGCCAUCCUGGCAUCGUCAUUGUCAGCCUUCAGCGGGCCAGCCUCAGCUGUAAGUGCAAUAACCGACAGUACAUCUGGUGAUCUUCCAUCAUCUACCUCGACCACCGCCGGUCUGCCCAGCUCACACAACACUGCCUCCCCAUCAAUAACUCGUUCACCAGAUAUCCCCCAUCACUCUUCAUCAAAGGCUAGUGAAAUUAAAAGUGAACAGACUACAGUCAUUGCUUUACUCACGUCACUGAAGAUAACAACGACGAUAAACCAUCUAACAACAGUAAAUCAGAUGACAAUAGAAACACAAAAACCGAUGACAACGUCAAGAAAUUCACCAGGAACUGAAGCGACUAAAUCCCGCACAACGGAAACAUCAACUGCCAAACCCAAUACGACAACCAAACUAGUGACAAGCAUCAAAUCAGCGAAACCGAAAACAUCAACGACCGCCAUUACCAAGCCAACGAUAAAAACAACAACAGCCAAACCAACUAGAACUGACGAAUUAUCGACAACAACCAAACUGGGCACUUCCACCAAACCAGUAACAAUAAAAAAAUCAACUGCUACCACCAAACCAACAACCAAACCGACCACUACCACCAAACCAACAACCAAACUGACCACUACUACCAAACCGACCACUACAACCAAACCGACCACUACUACCAAACCGACCACUACAACCAAACCGACCACUACUACCAAACCAACAACCAAACUGACCACUACUACCAAACCGACCACUACAACCAAACCGACCACGACCACCAAACCGACCACUACAACCAAACCGAGCACUACAACCAAACCGACCACGACCACCAAACCGACCACUACUACCAAACCGACCACUACCACCAAACCAACAACCAAACCGACCACUACCACCAAACCAACAACCAAACCGACCACUAAAACCAAACCGACCACUACUACCAAACCAGUCAUUACUACCAAAAUGACAAUGACAACCAGCCCAACCAAUACUACCAAACAAGCAAGCAAACAAACAACGACAGCUAGAAGAACGGCUACUACUAUACAACCAAAAACGACAACUGGACCAAACACAACAACGAAACAAAUAACAGUUUCAAAACCAAAACCUACAUCCUCGGUAGAGGCCACUACUGUGGUACCUGUGUGUGAGACCAACCAGUGUUUCUCUGUUGGGUACGAGAUGUGGUCCAUGAUAGACACGGACAUUAACCCGUGCGAAGACUUCUACACCUUCGCGUGUGGCCAAUGGAUUCGUUCCCGAGAGGACAUGAUCAGUGAAGGCUUUGUUGACACUACAGACACAACUUAUGCUAGCUCCAUAGAUCGUAACAGUCUGUAUCCCAAGCUUCAACGUUUGCUUGAGGACCCGUUGAAUCCCUCGAUAGACAGCGUCUUUGCGAGGGUAACGAAACAACUCCACAAGACAUGCCUAGCUUCAACCAGCGCUACAAAUGAUAUAGCACUAACUGAGCUCCACACGAUCCUCGAUCCCUUGGGUAUAGACGAAAGCCUUCAGACCCCUCUCAGUCUAGAGAGUUUACAAAGAUCAGCUGUGACGUCAUUUGGUGUUGGUGCGCUGUUCGAUGCAUCUCUACAGCAAACAGAAAUUGAUGGAGUGAAUACAUAUGUUUUACAGUUGGAGCCACCGUCACUGUACUUCAGUUUUGAACAAUAUCAGACACCGGUACAACAAAACAAGGUCCUACAGAACUACAUUAUUCGGGUUGCGCAGGCUCUCACUGUGUACUUCAGCCAGGAACCUGACUAUGGUGACUAUGACUAUAUAUUAGGUCUAAAGAAACGGAAAAAAAGAUCAGACGAGUCUCUUGAUGACAUACAAGAGGACGAGGAAUACGCCGAUUACGAUGAGGACUCGUUAGUACGUACAGGGAGACGUCUCCUACAGGAUGACGGGACGCCAGACGACCUGUACACAAGGAUAAAGACUGUGCUCACUUCAACCGUGGAUAUCGACAGGAAACUUUCAGAUGUAAUAAGUCAAGUGUCUGUCACCUCCCCGUCUGUCCUGCUGUCCAUCGACAUUCUGUCGGCUCGACUUCCAACCAUAGACUGGACUCAAGCCACAGGAGUGACGUCAUCAAGUCAAGUUCUUGUCAAGCAUUACGGCUACUUCGAAAUUAUCAACGGCAUUGUUCGGGACACGGACCAAAAUGUCAUCAAAUUUUAUAUAUGGAAGCAGAUUUUACUGUCUGGGAUCUGGAAAUACCUGCCACCCACACUCCGAAGGACACUUGACGGUCUUGGAGGUCGUCGGGAGAGGGAUUAUACUUGGGUUGAUUGUAUCGGUUUCACACUGGAUCUCUUGUCUCCAGAACUUCACACUGUUUAUACGGAUCUGUACUUCACAGAAAUCAGCGAAGCUGAGAUGUACCUGACAAGCUUAGUGCAGAACAUCACAUCCACCAUGGAGCAUGCUGCUACCAGUUCUAAUGUUAUGUCCGACGCUACGAAAAUGGUGACGUCAGAAAUACUCGGCAGUGUCUCCAGCAAACUCUCCAAAGUAGAAGAAGUUCGUGACGUCAAUAUCCUUAUUUCAAACGUCCAAGUAAACUUGACAUUUCUUCAGCUUGGUCAUAGGUACACGGGGCGGAAUUAUCGGCGUCAGGUGACGGACAAGCUCUAUACGCCAGUGGGACUCCUGGAACCGAACUGGUACACGGCUAUACCCUACCUGGACAAGAACACACAAACUCUGGUCCUGCCAACAGCCGUCACAGCACAAGAACUCCAGCUUAAGCCACAGUUCUUCGUCUACAGUAACUUUGGGCGACAGAUUGCGUCCGAACUGUUGACACCCGUCUACGAUGAUAUGGCUGACCUAAACCAGACCUUGACAUGGUGGGAUGAUGUCUCCUUGUCUUCUUUUGAGGACGUUCUGAAAUGUUACUCCAGUGGUGUCACUGACAUAGGUUCUAUUACUGCAGACUCGAUCACAAGUCGGAUUGCCAAGAUCCAUUCAGCAUUUAACAUAACGUUGAAGGAAUAUUCCAAGCAAAGUUUCCCGGACAGCUACCGAGUUCCGAUGCUGGACUAUACCUCCAAACAGCUGCAGUUUAUAUCGUUUGCCCAGAAUUUCUGUGAAAUCCAAAGUGUGGAUUCCGGACAGGUGUCAAGGAAGGUGGUGAAUGACGUCAUAAAGAAUGUGGCUGGUUUUGUGGAUAUAUUCGAUUGUUUAAGUCUGUCACAAAUGGAUAGUCAAAACAAAUGUUCUGUAUUCGAGUGA